UUCUCAUAUAACAAUUAAUAUAUUCAAUUUCUUUCACUUUACAGUCUAAUAUUCAGUAUUUUUUAUUAUACUAGUUAUUAUGGAUUUUACAAGUGAUGAAAUUAAUCAGUUUGGCGGUAGUUCGAGUACUCCAUCUAACUACGAUGCAUGUGAAAAUGUUCCAAUUAAUUUGGAGGAUAUUGAAGAGGAAGAAGUUCAAGUACUCGAGACAAAAAGGUCAAAAAAAGAAUCAUCGGACUGUUGGCAACAUAUGACACGAAAAAAAAUUGGUGUUCAAAAUGGAGUAGAUAUUUGGAAAGCAUGUUGCAAUUAUUGUGGCAAAGAACUUAGUUGGAAGCCUGGUUCGAGCACAACGCAUUUGAAUAGACACGUAUUGAGGAGUUGCAAAGCAAAACCAGCCGAUCUCGACUCGAAACAAACCGAACUAGUGUUUGGCGGUUCUAAUUCUACUCUUUCCACUUUUGUAUAUUCACAGGAAAGAUUUCGUGAAGGAAUGGCUGCAUACGUGGCUGCAGCAGAGAUGCCGCUUACGAUGAUAGACUCAAUACACUUUACCCGACUCGUGCAGAAAUAUCUCCAACCGAGAGUAUGGAUUACAGGAGAAAUCAUUUGCCACUGAUGUAACACACAGGUGGAACUCUACAUAUCUUAUGUUACAUUCGUGUGAAAAUUACGAUAAAGUGAUUUCACUAUAUUAUAAUGGUAGACAUACACUCGGACCCGAACAUAAUUUGGAAGAUUGGGAAUGGACUAUUGCAUUUUACGUGAAAAAAUUCUUACAACCUUUUUUCG